AUGGAAGACGAGCAAUUGUAUCGUGGGCGGUUUGAUCGUGUCGGAAAUCGUCAGUUAAAUUCAAUACGUUUAUUUGUUAGUUCAACAUUUACGGACACUACCGAGGAACGAAAUGGUCUCAUUGACCAAGUUUAUCCUCGAUUGCGCGAUUAUUGUUUGGCGAAGUACAACGUUCAAUUUCAAUACUCGGAUAUGCGUUGGGGAAUUCAAUCAACUGCAGCGAACACCCAUGCAACAGUUGAUAUGUGUCUGAAUGAACUGGAUACCUGCUGUCAAUUAUCCAUGGCUACCAACUGUAUCGUUUUGUUAAGUCAUCGAUAUGGAAGUCGUUUUUCACCGGCAUGGAUUCCUGAACAUAUUUUUCAUUCGUUCGAAAAAUGCCUAGCGUCGAAUCUCGAAGAGAAAACGCAUCUGUCUCAGAUGUAUCGACUGGACGAAAACUUUCUUGAGAAACGGUAUUUUCUUCGUUCGAUUGAAGAUCAAGAACAGUGGAACGAAUCCGAAAAAAAACUACAAAACAUUCUGCGCAAAGCAGCGGACCUAUGUUAUGAACAGAAGUUGAUCACGAAAGAUGAGCGCGACGAAUUCCAUAUCUCAGUCACAGCGCAAGAAAUCUAUCGUGCUCUGAAGAAUAACAAAGAUAAAACUCGACGAAUGAUCUGUUUUCUUCGUGAAAUUCAUGAUAUUGACCAACUUGAUUCUAAAUUUCAAGAAACGGAAAAUGUCAUUGAAAUUCAACAGUUACUAAAAAAUGUCAAAACUGACCUUCGUCAAGCACUUGAUCCGUCCGAUGUUUAUACCUACCAAGUACGAUGGAAAGACGAUAACGAUCGAACGAAAUAUCUCAAUCGAUUUUUCGAAGAGUUUUAUCAAGCUGUCAAAGCACAAGUUGAUCUUCACAUGAAAAUCUAUGAAAGCAAACGAGACGACAAACUGUACAAUCAAGUGCUCGAACAUGCCAUUCAAUCGAAUCUACUUGCCGAACGGUUCUUUUCUCGACCGGAAAUUUUCGAACAAAUUAAAGCUUAUUUGACGUCAACCACAAAUGAACCGUGCGUUUUAGUCGGCGAAUCAGGAACUGGAAAGUCAUCGAUUAUGGCCAAGAUCGUCAAUGAAAUUCCGAAAUGGUGCCUGCAAUCGAAUUCUGUUUCUGUGAUCGUUCGUUUUCUCGGUGCUACUCCAUCUUCAAGUGAUAUUCGUCGACCGCUGAUGUCAAUAGUUGAACAAAUUUGUCGGAUUUAUCAUUUGGAUCGACCAGUGAGUUUCGAUAAUGUGAAAGAAACUCUCGAGCAUAUGCUACAAUACAUUCCUAAAAACGAACAUCUUGUUCUGCUCCUCGAUUCUUUUGAUCAACUUCAAAUAAGUGACUUGACAGAUUUAUCCGUUUGGUUACCUGAAAAGUUUCCGACAAAUGUCAAAUGCAUUCUCUCAACCAUUGCUGAAAUCGAAAUGGACAACAAAACUUAUCGAAUUUACGAGCAAAUCAAAGCUAUCUACAAAAACGAACUCAUUGAAAUCCAGAUCAAACCGUUCAAUGAACAAAUCGCUCAACAAGCUUUUCAAUCCUGGCUUGAAAUAGAUCGACGUUGUCUAACCCCAACUCAACACGAAUGGAUUAAACCGAAAUUCAAUCUUCGUCAUUACGUCACUCCUCUCUUCAUCUCAUUAAUCUACGAUCAAACAUUAACAUGGCAUUCCUAUGACGACACACCUGAUAAAGCAUUUCUAUCCAUCAAGAAUACACGCGAUGCGAUCGGCUAUUUGUAUAAUCAAUUAGGUAUCAAACAUGGUCAGAUGUUGUUUCGACGUGCGAUGCGAUACGUUCAGCUAGCCGGUGGAUUGAGUGAACUUGAAAUCGAAGAUAUUCUGUCAUUAGACGAUGAAGUCUUACAAUCGGUUUUCGUUCAUUAUCUGCCUCCCUUGGGAAUAUUUCGCUUACCAUCGAAUCUUUGGAUUCGAAUUCGAAAUGAUAUGCAUAAAUAUUUGGUUGAAAAGGAUAUUGAUGGCAUUCCAUGUAUCUAUUUCUAUCAUCGAAGUUUUCAAUAUUAUCAGCCAAUGAAUGUCAAACAGCUCAUUCUUGACAGUGAAGAAAAAGAGAUACUCGAAAGGAAUCGUCUGGCUUACUUUUCUAAUGAAUACAAGUCAACGUUUGAUAUGAGCUAUUCGUCGAAAUUGGUGAAAAAAUACAAUUUACCAUCAAUGAUUGUCUCCGUGAAUCGGUGUUUAACUCAACAGAAUCCGUGGAAUCAUUCGCACUACAGUCUUCGACGUUUACAUCAAUUGUGUAUCAAUAUCAAUCGAUACGAUUUUGCUCAUCGUUUUACAAUAUUUGAUUACGACUUUCUUUCAACUUACCUUCUCUGUCGUGAAUUUCAAAUGUCUGAUUUACUCUACGAUUUCUCAAUCGGUGCUCUUGAUCCCAACGGUGAAUUACGAUUUCUCUUGAAACAAUAUGAAGCAUCUACACAAAUACUAAAUCAAUAUCCGACAAAUCUAUCAUUUGAACUGAUCUAUCUUUUGUAUUCAUUCAUUCAUCAACUACCUGACUUAACAUUUAAUCUUCUCGCACAAUGUAUCAAUCAUUGUCCAUUACGAUUGUUAACAGACAAUGAACGACAACAAUCGCUCGUCGAACUUUUACUAUCGGAUAUUAUCGAUUUAUCGAUCGAUGCACAUCGUGUGUUUGUUUUGACUUCGAAUGAUAAGUUAUAUGUAUUCUCUCAUCAAUAUUAUGGUUUGCUACGAACUGGUUACUUUGAUAUAUCAUACAAGAAACGAGGUGGCAAAGAACGAUUAGUUUCGUUUUUAUGCCAAUAUCCGUGUAUAUGUUGCCUUUCAUCGAAUUCAUCGAUGAUUGUGUUAGAUUGUGAAGCAAAGCAAGUCACAAUGCAAACAUCAUGUGGAAAACUAAUCUCGUUUCUCGAUGAUGAACAUGUUCUUCUUGCAACAGCAAUGAAUGACACGUUAGAAAUAUGGAAUUGUCCGAAAAACUGUCUCGUGUCAACCUACGAGUUCCCCGAUGAUAUUAUUGUCAAUUGUACGUAUAGAAAGCCCGUUAUUCGAGUGACAUUAAAACGAAAUGAAAUCGUCGCGUAUUUGACAAUUGAUGAGGAUCACCAAUUCGAGUCAUAUCGAUUAAUGAAUGAAAGACUACCGAAUGUUGAUCGGGAGAUCUUCUUGAAUGACCAUGCAGAAUUUUGCUAUUCGUUUGAACAUUCCAAAGCAACGUUAAUUCUGACGGUAGAAAAUAAAGUAGGACAAUUGAUUAUCAAUAUUGACUUCGACUCUCCGCCAAUAUCCGUUGUCUAUCUUGCGAAUAGCAAAUCGAUUGCAUGGUUGAAUCGAACGUCAUUGAUGAUCUUUCAUCCGUUGUAUGAUGAGGGGAUCUUUCAGCCCUUCUCUAUUUUUAACACAGAUGGGAACAUAGAAUAUGACACUAUCCAUGAUAAUGCACCGGCAGGAGAUUUUGAAGGACAAAGUUAUUUCUUAGUGGGAUUUUGUAAGCACAAAGGUUUGAUUGAUGUAUUUGAAUGGCGAUAUUUAUCAGAAGAGCAACGUCAUGAAUAUCGACAAUUAGUUCAUCUUCAACUUCCCAUAUCGAUCGAUCAAUGUGUGUUCACAGCAGGUUGGUUCGACGGUAUCACUCUCUACUGUUCGGACAAGAACUCUAUUUACAAAUAUAACGCGACUAUGCUAACGUAUCUCCAUACAUCGAAAUCAGUUGUUCCAUCCUUGUCAAUUGAUCGGAUACCAAAGAUAUCUUCCGAUCAAUAUUUGACGUUUACAGAUAAAGACCAUUAUUUUCAAAUUAUGACUUUAAAUCCAACUACUCAUACAUUCCAGUUAUGUCUUCUAAUUCAUGGUAUUAAACUAUACCAGUUUUCUCAAAAUUCGUCAUCCAUACUAUUGGUCAAUCGAAAGAACAUCGUAUCGGUUUACUCGUUAAAAUCAUCGAAAUUACUAUGGACAACGAAUGAAUUUGAGCAUAGACGAUUACAAAUUCAUUCGUUUCAAUCAUCUUUUCUUCUAGUUUGUCUCCAAACUAGACAAAUCUUCUUCAUCGAUGGUAACUCAUUCGCUAUCCAAUGUCUACAACAACUUCCCAUCGAAUGCUGCUUAACUACUCUGGCAUCUGAUAACCGAUUGUAUGGAUUAUCCAACGAUCACGACCAUCUGGUCGAAUUGAAUCUCAAUAACAAAAAUAUGAGAACGAUUUCGUUGAUAUCUUUGAAUGUGGUGAAAAUUGCUCAAAUGUACUCAGUUGACAAUCAUCUGAUCUUCCAGACAGAUGAUGAUCAAGUAUUUCUGUGGCAUAGAGAAACAGAAAUAAUGACACAACUCGAGUCAACUGGACGUUUGUUGAUCAAAAAUAAUCUGUUAAUUCUCACGAGUACAGAUAACAGAAACAUCGUAAUCCAGGAUCUGAAGACGAAGUCUCGUCAAACCAUCCAGAUCGAUGACGAAAUUGUCGAUUUUUGCAUAAAAAAUGACGAAUCGGAAACCUAUCUAUUUGUUAUUUGUCAAGAUCGAUUAUUGCGAAUGUAUCAGGUAUCGAACGGCAAACAGAUUUUGAAGUUAUUCAUUCACAAAGAUGUGAAACCAUUUAUCGGCAUUCUUCAUGAUCAUUUAUUAUUAAAAGUAGCAAACCAUUUAUGUUUAAUUCAAAUUCUGAACAAAAACACUUUACCACCAAAAAGAUCACCUGACACCUAUGGGCAUAGAAAGGAAAAAAAGCGACCGACUUCUCGUGUUUAUUUUAAUCUGAUCCGAAACAACGAUGAAACCGAUGCUCAGCAAACUAGUUCUUCCCGACAUCCAACACAACUCGACGAUUCGACGAUUAUUCGUCGAACAUUAGUCGAACGUGGUCUACGACCAGCAAGUGACGAGAAUCGACCAAGUGGACACCUGUCAACUGCAACCGCUAUCACAACCAUUACUAAACAACAUCAAGAUGAACAACGUGAAUUACAAGAAUUAAACAAUAAGUUUGCUGUUUAUUUGGAUCGCGUACAUUACCUUGAAAAUCGCAAUCAUAAACUAUCAUCGGAAUUGAACGAUUUAAAACAAGCGUGGGGUGGCGAUGCAGCUCAAUUGCAAGCCGUUUACAAUCCUCAACUGCAAGCCUUACGAGAACAGAUCGAUAAUGCCAUGCGCGACCGAGCUCUUCAAGAUCUUCAAUUGAAGCGACAUGAAUACGAACUUUGGCAAAUCCAACAGCAAAUCGCGACAUUCGAUGAUUACGAGGAUAUCAAUCGAAUAAAUCAUUUAAAACAAGAAUUAGAUAAUACACAUCUUGAAUUAGAACAAUUGCGUAAUCAAUUUGAUCAACGCCUUGGUGAUUUAACUCGACAGCGAAGUAUAAUGGAUGAUUUACUUAAAGAAUUGGAAGGACUGAAAAAUGAAUUAGAUAAUCAACAGUUAGAACGUAUUGUCAUUGAAAAUGAGUUGCAAACAUUACGCGAACAUGCCGCAUUUCAAGAUGCUAUACAUCAGGCUCAAAGGAAUGAAUUAAUGUCACUCGGUACACCCGUACUCGACGUCUCUGGUUUCUACCGUGCUGAAUUAGCGCGAGCUAUAUCAGAUAUUCGACAGGAUUUCGAAGUUUUGUCUCAAUCUCAAGUUAAUGAAUUGGAAGAAUAUUAUCGUUUCAAAACUGAACAAGUUCGUGCCGAAUUGGAAGCUGAAUCGGAACGUAAACGAUUAUUAGCAAGCGAAGGCGCGAUUGAAUCGAUGGAUAAAACCCACUUGACGUCGUCACUACGUGAUAAUCAAGAAAUGUUUUCAUUAUUACAAGCAGAAAAUCAAGAAUUACAAUCGCAAUUAGACGCCAUUUUUGCAGAUUUAGAAUAUAUUCGACGAGAACGCGCACGUGAAACCGAAGGAUACGAUCUCGAAUCAGCACAAUUACGAGCACUUAUCGAUGGAAAACAAGAAGCAAUUGAUGGUCUUCUAGAAAAUAAUGUUUCAUUACGUUUCGAAUUAUCAACCUACGGACGUUUAUUACACGUCGAAGAGCAACAUCUUAAUCGAAUGGAACAGCAAUCACCAAGUUUAUCAUUAACGUCACCAUCAUUAUUGGCAUCCAGCGGUUCGUAUCAAAGUCAACCAACAGUUGAACGAGUUCCAAGUGAUUUAGCAACAAAGAAAAUGACUGUACAGAAAACAGCACGAGGCCCAAUCUCAUUCGAUUCAGUCGAUCUAGAACUCGAUUGUGUAAUCUUAGUCAAUGAAAAGUACAGUGGUGACAAACAAUCAUUUGAAAAAUGGAUCAUUCGUCGGCAAGUUGAUCAACAACCAGAAAUUGUCUAUCAAUUUCCAUCAACAUUCUCCUUACGACCGAGACAAACAAUACGCAUCUUGACGAAAAGUAGUCCAAAUACCGCAAGAUCAAUCAGCGAUACGCUCGUGGCUGAUAAGAUCGAAACAUGGGGUAUCGGAAAAAAGAUGGUAACGCGUUUAAUUGAUAAUAACAAUGAAGAAAAAGCUAUUAUCACACAAAUAUUUCAGUAG